AUGAUCAAAGGAAAAAUAAUCAGACACACAGCGGUGUUCCUUACAUUUUUAUACUGCUCCAUGGUCUCUGCAGAGAUGACAGCUGAUCUGAUGGCUGAGGUAAUAGGAGGCGUCUCUCCCUCGAACAUGAUGGGGCUGUGCAGCUGUCUCCCCAAGGCAACAUGCAAGAACAAGAACCUGGACAAGCUAGCUGCUGUUAUCCUCUCCCUAAAGGAGGCAAUAACAAAGUACGGCGCAAAGGCAAACAUGUCGCAGUGCUACGAUGCUAACACUCUGAUGCAAAUGGGGCUCAUCCCACAGAAUACAGGAACAGAGUGUCUUGACAUCUGGCUGAAUGCCAUCAACCCCUUCAAGAUCCUCACAACUCCCAACUCACAGAUCACAGGAUCAUUCAACACGUGCGAAGAGUUCCACAAGAUUUUAGUGGGCAUUCUUAACCUCCGAUUACCUGAAGGAUACGCUGCAAUAGAGGGCUACCUGGCAAACAAAGCACAGAAUCAGCCCAUGCCAAUGCAGCCCCUUCCUGCACAGCCCUUCCCCUUCCCUCCUUUCCCAGGGCAGACAGGCGCAUGCAGCAACAACGGGCCAUGGGGUGGUGCUCCCGGGAUGUUCAGUCCUCCAAUGUUCGGAGGCAUGGGGGGACAGUCCUCCUGUGGAUCAGGUGCUGCCUUUGGAGAGUUCGAGGGUUUUUCCCCGUCAAAUCUCAUAGAUAUUCUGUCGUUCCACAAGGCCAAUACUAGCUGCCCUGUUAACGGAGAACUGGGGCCUAUGCAGUGCAAGCCAUCGAAUAACGAUAUGAAUCCAGGGCCCAUGCGCGUAUCUCUUAACAGCUGCUGCAGCGAAGGCCCUGACAUAAAUGCUAUCAUGAUGAACGCGCUGAGAGAGCAGCAGCAGAUAAAGCAGAUGAGACAGCCUGGUGCAUGUCCAAUAAAUCCUGCCGUGCUGAUGGGAGUAGCUGAAGCUGUCCACAUGAAUGCGCUAACACAGCAGCCAUGCAAGAAUAAACCUAAUGAUAUCUAUGGAGACGGUUCGCUGCCUCCUAUGAAGGUUACAAUGGGUGGAUGCUGUAGAAACGAAGGAAUGCUGGGAGGGUCUUUGUUUGGAGGCGGCAUGAACGGAUGGAACAGCAAUCUCGGCCUGCCCAGCGGCCUGGGGAUGGGAAUGGGAAGUGGCGGCAGCGGAAACAUCUGCGCAAUGGAAGAGCUCAUGAAGGGCUAUGGUAACGCUGGAAGAACUAGUGCAGGAUACACAGCAUUCUAA